AUGUCACGCUUUCAGGAGCUCCUCGAGGCUCUCCAGCGUUUGGAGACGAAAUUUCAAGCGCAGGACUCCGAGAUAGCGACCUUCACUCCCUUUGGUCGUCUGCCACUCGAGCUCCGAAAUAAGAUUUGGAAGAUCGCGAGCCAUCAACCUCGCACGGUGAGGCUCGUUCAUUAUUCCAUCUCCACCUGGCCCCGUCUCCUCCCCGACGUCGACAUGGCCGGCCAGCUCAACCUCGAGAUCUACGGCCAGUCUCGCCAGCCAGCAGUCCUCCAUACCUGCGCCGAGUCCCGCAAGGAAGCCAGCAGAUACUACGAGCUUGUCCGAGAGCAGGCACGACCGUUCAAGCGACUGCUCACCCGCGAAGAGCUCGCCGCCCCGGGCGCUGUCCAGGAAGCCACCAAACCCAACCAGUACCACGCGCCCAACAUCGUCUAUAUCAACUUCGCAGUCGACAAUUUUCUCCGCCUCCUGAUGGGCCCAGCGACGACGGACGGUGUCUCCGUUCUGCAGCCGCUCAACUCGUUCAACUUUGACAACAGAGCGAUCAACAAGAUUGAGAGAUUGGUCGUCAUCUGCUCGGCGUGCGGGACUUGCAAUACCCUAGUGAGGAAGAUCCGUCGGCACUUUCGUCCGCAACUGAAAGAGAUUACGGUCCUGUUCAGCAGGUCGAGUCUCCUCAAGACGGAUGAAGACUCGGUCGACGCCACGCUCGCUAUGCGAGAGACGGCGAAACCCUUCGAGGCUGCGCUCAAGCACCAGCUUCGAACGAGGAACUUGAGGCGUGCUAAGCUGAGCUUCUUCGUUUGGCCCGUCUUGGAAAAGGUGAGGUGA